ACUUUUUUUUGGUCGAUGCUAUUCUGUAUGGACCAACUGCUCAAUAAUUGAUCGCGCCACACUAUGCAGUAAUAUUUUGCUGCUAUAACAUAUCGCUUAUUCGCGCACACUGACGGCGUCUUCGCAAUCACGUUUGGAUAAAUCGUUCGAACGUGCAAACUCACAAUGAAGACUGAUUUCCAGUUUUUCAAUCAAUUGGGAACCGUCUAUCGAAGAGGAAACCUGGUAUACAGCAUCGAUGGGACAUGUCUGCUCUCACCUGUGGGCAACAGAGUGACGGUAUUUGACCUAGUCAACAACAAAUCUCACACAUUACCAUUUGCACACCGGCACAACAUUAGCAGGAUAGCGCUACAUCCAAGGGGUCAAUUGCUCCUCACAGUUGACGUUGAAGGCCAAGCAAUACUAUCACAUCUUCCACGACGAAUAACUCUCUACCACUUUUCACUGAAGGCGACUGUAUCCGCUCUGGUCUUCUCACCAUGUGGCCGAUAUUUCGCAGUCGGCCUCGGGCGCCGAAUCGAAGUCUGGAAGACGCCAGAGACGCCUGGGUCGCGCCAAGAAGACGGCGACGAGGAGGCUGGUCUGGAAUUUGCGCCGUUCGUCCGACAUCGAAGAUAUGUCGGGCAUCACGACACAGUCCAGAAUAUCGAAUGGAGCAGUGACUCGCGAUUCUUCUUAUCAGCGAGCAAAGAUCUCACAGCACGAAUAUGGAGUUUAGAUCCGGAGCCAGGUUUCGAGCCCACGGUGUUGUCUGGGCAUCGCACCGCCGUUUAUGCAGCAUGGUUCAGCAAGGACCAAGAGACGAUUUAUUCCAUCUCGAAAGACGGUGCACUAUUCCAGUGGCAGUAUCUGCCGUCAGAGGGUGCAGAUCCCGAGAACAUCGAGGAAGACGACGAGAGAUGGCGGAUCAACGGCAGGCAUUACUUCUUCCAAGAUCAGGCCCAUCUCACCACGGCGGCAUUCCAUCCAUCCUCUAAUCUACUUGUUUCCGGAUUCUCCAACGGCUUAUUCAUGAUUCAUGAGCUGCCAACUUUCAGCGAGAUCCAUAAGCUCUCGAUUGCUGCUUCCAACAUUGAUACUGUCUCUAUAAACCAGACUGGCGAAUGGCUCGCCUUUGGAUCCUCCGCGCUCGGCCAGCUUCUUGUCUGGGAAUGGCAGAGUGAAUCUUACAUUUUGAAACAGCAAGGUCAUUUCGACAGUAUGAACGCUCUCACAUACUCGCCCAGUGGCGAUCGAGUCAUCACCUGUGCCGAUGAUGGCAAGGUUAAGGUAUGGGAUACGACCUCAGGCUUUUGCAUUGUCACGUUCACGGAACACACCUCUGGUGUCACAGCAUGCGAAUUCGCUAAACGCGGAAACGUGCUGUUCACGGCAUCGUUGGACGGUAGUGUGCGCGCUUUCGACUUGAUCAGAUAUCGAUGUUUCCGGACGUUUACAGCACCAAAGCGGUUAAGCUUCAGUUCGCUCGCUGUGGAUCCCAGCGGCGAAGUCGUCGCUGCUGGCUCCCUUGACGAUUUCGACAUCCAUAUUUGGAGCGUCCAGACCGGGCAGCUACUUGAUCAGCUCAACGGGCACGAAGGCCCUGUUUCAAGUCUUGCAUUUUCGCCAAGUGGUGGCAACCUCGUCUCAGGGAGCUGGGAUCGGACUGUCCGAAUAUGGUCCAUUUUUGGCAGAACACAAACUUCAGAACCUCUACAGUUGCAGGCCGAUGUUUUGGCUGUUGCGGUAAGGCCAGAUGGUCGGCAGGUUGCGGUUUCCACACUUGAUGGUCAGUUGACCUUCUGGAGCAUCAGUGAAGGUACUCAAGAGGCAGGUCUAGAUGGCCGCCGGGACGCAAGUGGAGGCCGUAAAAUCAGCGAUCGACGAACCGCCGCGAACGUGGCUGGAACGAAGAGCUUCGGCACAAUAACCUAUAGUGGUGAUGGAACCGUCCUCCUUGCUGGUGGCAACAGCAAGUACAUAUGUUUGUACGCGGUCGAGACAGGAGUGCUCCUUCAAAAAUUCGCUAUCAGCGUCAAUCUCAGCAUUGAGGGUACACAAGAAUUCCUGAACUCUCGUCUGCUCACUGAGGCUGGACCUCAAGGGCUUCUUGACGAGCAGGGCGACCUCUCGGACCUUGAAGAUCGCCUCGACAAAUCGUUGCCGGGCGCCAAGCGCGGCGACGCUGCUCAGCGUAAGGCAGCACCGGAGGUCAGAGUCCCAGGCGUUGCAUUCUCCCCCACUGGUCGAGCAUUCUGUGCAGCGAGCACCGAAGGGCUACUAAUUUAUUCUUUACCCGACGGUGCUGCUUUUGAUCCAUUUGACCUCGACGUGGAUGUAACGCCUGCCAGCACUCUUGCCAUAUUAGCCAAACGCGAGUGGCUCAAAGCCCUGGUUAUGGCAUUUCGACUCAACGACACCAGACUCGUGCGGCGAGUCUACCGCGCUGUGCCUGUCAACGACAUUGCGCUCCUAUCAAGAGACGUACCGGACGUUUAUCUUGCACGACUUCUGCGCUUCGUCGCUGCCGAGGCAGAGCAGAGCCCAUAUCUCGAACUCAACCUCUGUUGGCUGGAGGCAUUGCUCAGCCGACACGGACGUAAGCUCAAGGAGAGACAAGGUGAAUUCGCGGAGGUCACCCGCCUUGUUCAAAGGGCCAUCGGUCGAGUCUCUGGCGACAUUCUGGCCGUGGCGGAGAAAAACAACUCGACCGUAGAUGUUUUGCUGAAGCGACCUCGGGCUACUAGGGAUGGAGACGCUGUGAAAGCGAAACUCAAACUGAUAGAAAGCGAACAGGCGCCUGUUGGUAAGGAGAACAUCGAAGACGGCGACGAGGACGAGGACGAGAGCAUGGUGGAUGGAGAGGAGGAAUGGAUCGGUCUCGACUGAUUAUUCGCACUGACGAUGUGAAUGUACGAUGGGACUUUUGCUUUGCAGUCUGGUUGACGAGAAUUCCCGGGCCUUUGCAUGUGGAAAUCGUGGAAGAUAUGAUAGGUCAGCAGCUGGUUUCGUGGAACGCUCAUUGACGUUUGCUUGUCAAAUGCACGUUUCCUUGCCUCAUUUACUUGUCAGAUGCAUGUUCCCAUUCCUGACAUCAGCCGUUGGUUCUAUGGUAAGCCCCCAUAGUAUAGAUCACACCCAGGUAAGCAGCAAUGCACUCAACAAGAUGAUCAAUGUCUUG